CGCCUCACGCUCCCUCUUUCCUGUCUGUUUUGCGGCUUGACAGACGUGUUUACGUUUUAGUUCGCAGAUUUCCAACAAAUUUUCGGUGAAAAUGGUUCCCACCCAGUUCAAGAACGACAAGGACAUCAGCGCGCUGAACGAUGCUUUGGCCGACAUCAGUUACAUCGACGGCUACACUCCUAGCCAGAACGACGUUGUGAUCUUCAACGCGCUCGGCAAGGCUCCUGCUGCCAAGUUGGCGCACGCCCUUAGAUGGUACAACCACAUUAAGUCCUUCGGGGAUGAGAAAAAGAAGUUCCCCGCUUCCAAGAAAGCCCUUUCAGCCGGCGCUCCUGCCCCAGCAGCCAAGGCUGACGACGAUGAUGAUGUCGACCUGUUCGCCUCUGAAGAUGAGGAUGAAGAGGCACAGAAAGUUAAGGAGCAAAGACUGAAGGAAUACGCAGAGAAGAAAAGCAAGAAACCUGCUCUUAUUGCCAAGUCCAGUAUUGUCCUCGAUGUCAAGCCAUGGGAUGAUGAGACCGACAUGAAGGCAAUGGAAACGCAGGUCCGCUCCAUUGUUAUGGAUGGACUUGUCUGGGGGGCUUCCAAGUUCGUGCCUGUCGGCUACGGAAUCAACAAAUUGCAGAUUAUGUGCGUUGUUGAGGAUGACAAAGUUUCAAUUGAUCUGCUCACAGAAACUAUUACCGAAUUUGAAGAUUUUGUUCAGUCAGUUGACAUUGCCGCUUUUAACAAGAUUUAAAUCUGCUUUAUAUAUUACUUAACAUUAUAAUAAAAGCCACAUUUUCAAACCUGA